CCCGUGGAUUCUGGGGGGGUACGGAGACCGCAGAUGUUCGCAACGAUGUUCGCCACCCGUGAGGAUGUGGACGCCCCUCUUCGCGCCAAGCGCCCGCCCGACAAGAUGCCAGACCUUCCUCACUGCCUCGCCAGCGACCUCCCCGUGCCGAAAACGUUCAAGGAGGCCAUGCGGUCUCAGCAUUCAGAGUUGUGGAAUGAUGCAGUCGAUCGAGAGUUUUUCGGUUUUUGGAUGCAGGAACUUUUAGUCCGGUGUAGCAACCAGUAGAGAACGCGAUCAAUGCUAAGUGGGUUUUAAACUGUAAGGCAGACGAGUACGGAUGGCCGACGAAAUUCAAGGCAAGACUUGUAGCGCGGGGGGACAUGCAGAGGGCUUCGAUUGAUUUUGGAGAAUUGUUUGCACCCACCGUAUCAGUGUCUAGUGUGCGCUUGUUGGCAGCAUUAGCGUGUGAGCAGAAUCUUGACUUGUGCCAUUUCGACAUUCAGCAGGCUUUUGUGCAGUCUGAGCUUGAUGAGGAUGUUUUCAUGCGCUUACCGCAGGGGUGUGGUAGGUUAUCUGGCUUGAUCGUGAAGCUAUGCAAGAGUCUGUAUGGUUUGAAGCAGGCAUCACGACAUUGGCAUUCGCACCUGACGAGGUGUUUGUUACUUUCAGGUUUUUGUUGCAGUGUCUGGCGGAUGCAUGUGUUUCUCGAUUG